UAUAUAAAAUAUUCAGCCAGUUCAGUUCAGCAGCCGAGGCGGCCAGCAGCCAAGCCGGCUUGAUAGUUUCUGCUCCUUAUUGUGUCUUUUUACUGCUUUCUCACAUGGCGUCCGCUCUCUCUCUCACACCAUUCUUCUCUUCUCCAGAUGAUCUCAAUGACCAUGGUUUAGUGGGCGGGAAUCUGCCGGCGGGUCUUGGGCUCAAAAACCCUGUGAUUGCCAAGCGAUCUCCUUUCCCGAAUGCGAAAAGAUUUGAAUUUGACUUGAGAUGCUCGAGGCAUGAAGAAUCGGAUGUGAGUGUGUCUGCUUUGGCCGAGGGUCUUGCCGAGUGCUUCGAUGAUAUGGAGGAUAAGGGGAAAGAAGCAAGCAUUUCAACAGUGUUGUUGAACUUUGAGAAUAGCUUUGACCCGUAUGAUGCCUUGAGCACACCUCUAUAUCAAACUGCCACAUUCAAGCAACCUUCAGCAAUAGAAAAUGGCCCUUAUGAUUAUACAAGAAGUGGAAAUCCUACACGGGAUGUGUUGGAAAGACUUCUGGCAAAGCUUGACAAAGCAGAUCGGGCAUUUUGCUUCACCAGUGGAAUGGCUGCUUUGGCGGCAGUCACUCAUCUUGUUGGAACUGGCCAGGAAGUUGUUGCUGGAGAUGACAUAUAUGGUGGGUCUGAUCGAUUACUUUCACAAGUACUUCCAAAGACCGGAAUUGUGGUUAAACGAGUGAAUAUGACCAAUUUAGAUGAAGUUGCUUCUGCAAUUGGUCCAUGGACAAAGCUUGUGUGGCUGGAGAGUCCAACCAAUCCACGACAACAAAUUUCUGAUCUUCGUAAAAUAGCAGAAAUGGCCCAUGCUCAUGGUGCUCUAGUGUUGGUGGAUAACAGCAUUAUGUCUCCUGUUUUGUCUCAACCGUUAGAGCUUGGAGCAGAUAUUGUGAUGCACUCAGCUACUAAAUUUAUAGCUGGUCAUAGUGAUGUCAUGGCAGGUGUGCUUGCUGUAAAAGGGGAAAGGUUGGCAAAAGACUUGUAUUUCCUACAGAAUGCUGAGGGUUCUGGGUUAGCUCCAUUUGAUUGUUGGAUCUGCUUACGAGGCAUAAAGACCAUGGCCUUGCGUGUUGAGAAGCAACAGGAGAAUGCACAGAAGAUUGCUGAAUUUCUCUCCUCUCAUCCCAAAGUGACGAAAGUUAAUUAUGCUGGUUUACCAGAUCAUCCUGGGCGCUCUUUACACUACUCACAGGCAAGGGGUGCCGGGUCAGUGCUCAGUUUUCUGACAGGAUCACUUGCACUCUCAAGGCACAUUGUUGAGACUACCAAGUAUUUCAGCAUAACUGUCAGUUUCGGAAGUGUAAAGUCCCUUAUUAGCAUGCCCUGCUUUAUGUCCCAUGCAAGCAUACCUAGUGCAGUGCGCGAGGCCAGAGGUUUGACUGAGGAUCUUGUUCGUAUCUCUGUGGGAAUUGAGGACGUAAACGAUUUGAUUGCGGACCUGGAUAAUGCGCUUGAAACUGGACCUAUUUAGGUGUGCAUGAAGGGCACUCAGUUUCUUAUUGCUUGGUUAGGAUGGAGGACUUGGGAUGCUGGGAAGGUCAAGUUUUGUGUUGAUGAUGGGGUGCAUGCCUGAGCUGUCCGUUGAUGGAGGUCAUGUGGUUACUUGUGGGUGCAGCUUGCUAAGAAGUCCAUGGGUGCCUUUUAGAUAAUUGUUAUUGUGUUGUGUUGCUCUUUGCUUUUGAUUGGUGAUGAAGAUUCAUGUGUAAAUGAGGUCUAAUGCUCUAGGUUUUGCUGUGUUA